AUGAUUCCAAAGGCUGGGCAGGCUUCAGGACCCCUUUUUAUCCCCCAGAGUGUUGGUGGGAAGGGGCUUCCCGUGCAGGCCCAACUCCUUUGUUGGGCCUUGGAGUCUACGGGAACAGGUUUGCUGGAGAACCGUAGAUGGAUUCCCGGUUCUUCAGGAGGUAAAACAUUGCCGAAAAAGAAACCUCAGCAGAAGAACACAUUUAUUACUGACCAUACCGUCAAUGCUAAGGAGAAGAAAAAUAAGAUAGCUUGUCAUCUAUUGUCAGCAAGAGACCAUAAAAUUAAAGAACUGAAAAACAAAGCGGCUGUUCUGCGGAAUAAAUUGGAAACUUUUACUACGGAAAAUAAAAUCUUGAAGCAUCUCCAGUCCCGACAUUUAAAAGCAAUCAGUACAUACGAAAAUGCAGAGGUUAACCUGUCUGAUCUUUUGGCCACGCACGCUAAUGAAGGGCAGACUCUGAGAGCAGAUCUCAGGAAAUCUCAGGAAAAAGAGUGCAAAGCUUCCAACAAGCUGAGAGACGUUCAGGCAGAACACUUGAAAACAAUGGAUGUCUUGAGGUCACUGCAGAAACUUUGUAAAAAGAAGAAACUUGAAGAGAGAGAAGAAGUUCAGUGUAAAUUAAGAUCACUUACCCAAAAAUUGGAAGCUACAAAUAAGAAAACUCAGGAUUUGGAAAAGCAGCUUUCAUCGAACACUGCUUCUUUUCGACAUAAAUUAUCAGUUGAGAAAAAGAAGAUCAUUGAAGCUCAUUCAAUCAGAGCAAAUUUAGAAGUAGAAAUGGAGUCGCUGAAGCUAAAACUUAAGGAAAGAGAACGAGAACUAAACAUUACAAAUAUUUAUGCACACCGGAUGCGCAAAGGUCAGCCAGAGAAAGCUGAUUCAUGUUCUUUUCCAAAAGGUAGAACAGAGUUUAUCUCAUACUUUACUGUGAAAUAAAAAUAUGAUAAUUCUUUGACUUGUCAAAAAUAUUUCAAAUCCUUGCUCUAU